CAAAUAUUUCUUGUCCGUGAAAAAAAUAAUCAAACAGCCACAUUCACAUAAAAAUCAUGUUCUCACCAUCCACCAUUUUUAAUACCGAGUCAAGUCAUCCCUAGGAACUUAAACCAUGUAUAUACACAGACAUUAUAUAUAAGUGCAUGUGUUACCGAAUAUCUAUAUUCUAUACAAACAGCAAAGACAUUCCUUGUUUCUUUCCUCUCCACAGAACUAGCUUAUGGCAACAUUAACAAAUGCCAACCAUAUGAACUGCCACUUCUCAGAAUACCAAUCUACAGAGAUUCAGACCCAACACCCAAAAGCCUCAAAAGCCCUUCCUGAUUGGUACUCUUCAGAAACAGGAAUAUACCACAGCAAACACUCUCCUGUAAACCUCCCAUCAGACCCAUUUCUUGAUGUUGUCUCCUUCAUUUUCUCACACAAACACAAUGGGGUCUCAGCUCUCGUUGAUUCCUCAUCUGGUUCUUCAAUUUCUUACUCAGAGCUCCACCCAAUGGUCAAAUCCAUGGCUUGUGGCCUCCACCAAAUGGGUGUUUCACAAGGUGAUGUUGUUUUGGUUCUUUUGCCCAAUUCAAUUUACUUUCCUGUCAUUUUCUUGGGUGUUUUGUAUUUGGGUGCUAUUGUCACUACCAUGAAUUCCUCAAGUAGUUUCAUUGAGGUAAAAAAACAAACACUUGACUGCCAUUUAGCUUUGGCAUUUACCAUGUUGGAAAAGGUUGAUGAAUUGAAGAGUUUGGGUGUGCCUGUAAUUGGGGUACCAGAAAAUGUGAAUUCCAAUUCGAAACAAAAUGGGUUUUCUGAUUUCCACAAGCUCAUUUCAAUUAAUCCCAAUUCGGUUCAGAGACCGGUAAUUAGUCAGCAUGACACUGCUGCCAUAAUGUAUUCUUCUGGUACCACUGGUGCUAGCAAAGGUGUUGUGUUAACACAUAGGUGUUUUAUAGCCAUGAUUGAGCUUUUUGUUCGGUUUGAAGCUUCUCAAUACGAGGGUUUAGGUUCAGAAAAUGUGUACUUAGCUGUUCUACCAAUGUUCCAUAUAUAUGGUCUUUCCCUUUUUGUGAUGGGAUUGUUGUCAUUGGGUACUACCAUUGUUGUGAUGAAGAAGUUUGAUGCAAAUGAAAUGGUGAGAGCCGUUGAUAGAUAUAGAGUCACCCACUUCCCUGUCGUCCCACCGUUAUUGAUGGCAUUGACCGCUAGAGCAAAGGGAGUUGCCGGAAGUAGUUUGAAGAGUUUGAAGCAGGUUUCAUGCGGUGCAGCUCCUUUGAGCAAGAAAUUCAUUGAGGAUUUCAUUCAGACUCUACCACAUGUUGAUUUUAUUCAGGGUUAUGGCAUGACUGAGUCAACUGCUGUUGCAACCCGUGGCUUUAAUACUGAAAAGUUUCAAAACUAUACUUCAGUUGGACUUCUGGCUCCAAACAUGCAAGCUAAAGUGGUAAAUUGGAUUAAUGGGUCUUCCUUGCCUCCUGGCUGCAGUGGUGAACUUUGGUUACGAGGGCCCGCUAUUAUGAAAGGUUUCUUGAACAAUAUGGGGGCAACUAUGUUGACAAUUGAUAAAGAUGGUUGGCUACAUACUGGAGACAUUGUUUAUUUUGAUCAAGAAGGUUACUUAUAUGUACUUGAUCGCUUGAAAGAGAUCAUCAAGUACAAAGGCUUUCAGAUUGCUCCUGCUGAUUUAGAGGCUGUAUUGAUUUCCCAUCCAGAUAUAAUAGAUGCUGCAGUUACGGCAGUCAAGGAUGAAAAGGCCGGGGAGGUUCCGGUGGCAUUUGUAGUCAAGAGGCAUGGAAGUGUGCUUUCCCAGGCAGCUGUGAUAGACUAUGUAGCUAAGCAGGUUGCACCAUACAAGAAGGUGAGGAAGGUGGUGUUCACACACUCGAUACCAAGGUCUGCUACCGGGAAGAUUCUCCGAUGGAAAUUGACAAACCUCUUGACUUCUAAACUCUAAGGCCUCUUUCCAAAACAUGCUUGUCUCAGAAGUAGCAGAAAUGGCAAUUCAUCAGAAUGUUAUUCAUUUUAUAGUAAGUUACAUUUGAAAAGAAAAGUUUUGAAAACUCAAAGCAGAAGAAACUAGUCAUUAAGCAUUGUGUAGAUUCUUUUUAGGGAUGUAACUUUAUGUAAUUGGUAAAUGACUAUUUGUCAAAAUUUUGACACA